AUGCAUAUUUUUAUCAGCGCUCCAAACGAAAGAAACGAUAAAGUUAAAAUUUCAUGUACCCCAACUGAUAAUAUCGAACAUCUACGUGACCUCAUUGCUGAACAAUUUGGCCGCAACAAAUAUUCACCUGAAAAGCAACGCCUUUUUUUUGGUGGCAAACAGUUGGAAAAUGGGCAUAACCUUUUUCAUUAUGACAUAAAACACAAUAACACAGUUAUGCUUCUUAAGAAACAAGUCAUAGAAACCCCACAUGCUGAAUCACAAGUUUUAUCGGUUAAUAUCUCCUUACCAGUUGUUGACUUUAGUCAACCUGUUGAAGAUGAAGAUGUGAAUUCCUCAAGUCAACCUGCCGAAAGUGAAGAUGUUGGGAAUUCAUCAACAUCUAAUGUAAAGAAUAUAAUGAACGAUCCGAAUAAUUUUGAACGGGAAGAGGAGUACGUCUGCAAUCAUUGUGAAAAUAAGGGUAAGAAAUGUAAGGAAUGUGGAUGUAAUAUUUGCGGUGGAAAGGGUGAUGACGAGCAUACUAUUGUAUGUGAUGAAUGUCAGUAUUAUUUCCAUUUCUAUUGCUUAUCACCUCCAAUCUCGGAACUUCCAAGUGAUGAGUGGUAUUGCCGAGAUUGCAAACAUAAAAAUGAAGGGGUUGUAUUAGCUGGACAAGGAUUGAAUCUUGAGAAGUCUAGAAAAUCAAAAAUGCCAUCGGCUACUCAAACAAAAAAAUGGGGAGGAGGUAUGGCGUGUGUCGGGCUAUCCAGAAAAUGCGAAAUAGUGGAUCCCGACCACUUUGGACCGAUCCCGGGCGUUCCAGUUGGAUCAUCUUGGAAAUACAGGAUAUUUUGUUCUGAAGCAGGAGUUCAUCGUCCACCAGUUGCUGGAAUUGCCGGAAAGGGCAGCGUUGGUUCCGUUUCUAUUGUACUUAGCGGUGGAUACCCUGAAGAUACGGACAAUGGUGACGAAUUUUACUAUACUGGUUGUGGUGGUCGAGAUCUCAAAACCGGUAAUAAACGAAUUGCAGUUCAGACGUUCGAUCAAGAGCUGAUUAAAAUGAAUGAAGCUUUAGCAAGAACUUGUGAUACUUCGAUUGAUGAUAAAAAUGGAGGACAGGCGAAAAACUGGGAAAAGAGCUUACCGGUCCGGGUCUGCCGCUCCUCCAAAUUAGCAAAGCAUAAUCCAACAUUUGCACCAGAAGAAGGGAUUAGAUAUGAUGGAAUCUAUAAGCUGGUUAAAUAUUGGCCAGAGAAAGGGACAUCCGGAUUUAAAGUUUGGAGAUUUCUUAUGCGUCGUGACGAUCCUGAACCGGCUCCAUGGACCAAAGAAGGAAAGAAACGAAUUAAAGAAUUAGGUUUGAAAAUGUACGUGGGAGAUGAUGAAGAAAAACCAAAGAAACGUGCACAUGAUUCUGGUGAUGAAGACGGUGCAAAAUCAAAAAAAGCCAAAAAAUUUGAGAUCUCAACCACUUUUAAGAAGCUUAUAAAGGAUGAUAAAGAUAAUCAACGAGCUUGGACUACUGUUCUUGAAUCAAAUUUCGAAAACCACAAUGAAUUGAUUGAAAUAAUAUCUGAAAAGGAGUUCAAAUGUCCUGUUUGCUUUGGAUUGGUUGAUCAGCCUGUCACUACAGCUUGUUCUCACAAUGUUUGCCAAGAAUGUCUUUCUCGAAGUAUUGAAAUUAUGGGUAAAAAAUGUCCUCAAUGUAGAACUGAGUUUCCGGCUGACUUUAAACUCAGACCGAACAAAAAAUUGAUCAAGGCAUUGCACGAAGUAUUACCAACUUAUGACUUGGGAGAUUCGAAACCAAGCAUUUCGAAAAAGAAUAAAGGCAAAGGCAAAUUACAUUAA